AUGGCUUGGGGCUGGGAGCAAUCCGACGAGGCGCAUCGUGAGGUGUACGGCGAGCGCAGACACGAGAGCAGCCUGUCUCACGAGCUCAUUGCUGGAGCUGCCUCGUUUGCCGGCAUGAAGGCUUGGGAGGACCACCAGCGCCAGGAGGGCAAGCCUGUCAGCCACGCUUUCGCCAAGGAGGCCCUGGCAGGGUUUGUCGGUGCGGAGGUCGAUAAACUCAUCGAAACAAAGGGACUUGAUGAGGCGGAUAAGAUACGCGCUCGUCGUCAUGCUAAGGAAAAUGCUGAACGGAUGUACGAUGAGCACUACGUCGACCGACACGGUGCUCCAGAGUACGACCCAGGUCGCUACCCACCUCACGAGCGCUUCGACCGCCCUGUCGACCGUUGGUAA